AUGCGGAGCAGGAUACUCUCCAUCUAUCGUCAUCGAUCACACUAUAGGUAUAUCCAAGGGCACUUCCUCUUUCAAUAUCAUCCUGAGGAUCUGACUUUCGAUCAUCCAAAAAUUCGGCCCCCGACAGCAAUUAUCCGAAAACCUGACGACGAAAACCCAUUUACUGACUUGCGUUUUUGGGGCCCAUAUGAAACUGAAUGGUUACAAGACCAAGACUAUGCAGGUUUCUCCUAUGAUCAGCUCAGAAUCUUUCGACAACGCGCGUGGAUAUUCUGCGACAAUACCAGAUUAUAUCCACCGGUAGACAUGCAUUUCCCGAGUACUGGCACUCUGGCAAAACAAAGCUUUCUGGCUAUGAACCUUGGCUCUUCAGAAUGUAACGUGCCCAGCCGACGGCGAUCCCCAGAAUGGCAAGACUACUGGGCCGGACGAACUUUGGAAUCCCCAUCUGUUUAUGAUGAGGAAGUAGACGAGGAGGAGUUGCCGUGGAGUAGCCCGGUUCAUAUUCCAAGUUUCUAUGACAGUCCUCAUAGUCAAGGACUGAGUACAUUUUGGCGGCAAGAACAGUGGUAUGCAGAAGAUUGA